AUGGAAGCAGGAGGAGAUGAGACACAAAAGCAGGUUGCGUCAACUGAAGCAGCUGUGGCAGUGGACGAGAAAUUGGAUGUGAAAACUGCACUGCGAAGAGCUCUAAAAUCAGCAAUUGUCAUGGAUGGAGUGGCUAAAGGUCUUCAUGAAGCCGCCAAAGCUCUCGACAAGCGUCAGGCGUAUUUUUGUGUCCUGGCUGAGAAUUGUGACGAGCCAAUGUAUACCAAACUAGUAGAGGCAUUAUGUAAUGAACAUCAGAUACCUCUGGUUAAAAUUAAGGACAAAAAACAGCUGGGGGAAUGGACUGGUCUAUGCAAAUACGACAAAGAGGGAAAAGCUCGAAAGGUAGUGGGGUGUUCUUGCGUAGUUGUGCGCGACUAUGGUCAAGAUGACGCUGCACGCGCAUUUCUUCAGGAAUAUUUUGACAGUCAAAAGAAAGGCUGA